GUGUGGGGGCUGUAGACUUUUGCAGCCUGUUGGAGCAAGAGCCUUGGGAAGCCAAGGCCUGGGAAGGAGAGAGGAGAGACGGGGAUGUCGAGGUAGGGGCAGCCUGGCGGCUGGAAGGGGAGAAAUCAAGGAGGGGCUGAGUCCUGUGCUAUAAAGAGGGUAGGCAUGAUGGGGGCACAUAAUUGUGGGGCAUCACGGGAGGAGAGAGUCUGCAUUUAGCUGGCUGGCAGGGCCUGGGCUGCUCUGGGUAGGGAGAGGGGGGCCAAGUAGCUGAGUUUGGUGGGGGUCUCGUAUCCUGUCUUCCCCAAAACAUGAGGUGGGGGCGAGUGUCCCAGGGUCUGUAUGUGGAGCCAUCUGGGCCCUGGAGAAAACUCCCUUAAUGCGUUCAAAAGAGGACAUCCUUCUUGGAGCACCCCUGGCAGCAUCUGCUCUCUGCCACCAUCUGACACAGGAGACUCGGCAAGACGGAACAUCAGGCUGUUGGCUGCAUCCCUGUCCCAUCCCAGAGGUGGUCGUGGGAUCACUGGGGGAAUCCCUCGGGGCUUGGCUCCCUCUGGGAGCCUGCUGGCUGCUUUGCUGGCGCCGUGGGCAGCGGAGGCGAUGUUCCGGACGGUGAUCAUGAUGGCUUCCAGCCUGGCCCUCACCACGGCUGUGGUAGCUCACGCUUAUUACCUGAAGCACCAGUUCUAUCCUACCGUCGUCUACCUGACCAAGUCUAGCCCCAGCAUGGCAGUCCUCUAUAUCCAGGCAUUCGUCCUGGUUUUCCUCCUGGGCAAAUUCAUGGGUAAAGUGUUUUUCGGGCAGCUGCGAGCCGCAGAGAUGGAGCAUCUCCUGGAGCGGUCAUGGUACGCCGUCACAGAGACCUGCCUGGCCUUCACCGUCUUCAGAGACGACUUCAGCCCCCGCUUCGUGGCCCUCUUCACCCUCCUCCUCUUCCUCAAGUGCUUCCACUGGCUGGCUGAGGACCGGGUGGACUUUAUGGAGCGGAGCCCCAACAUCUCCUGGCUCUUUCAUUUCCGUAUUGCCUCUCUCAUGCUCUUGCUGGGCGUUCUAGAUUUUCUUUUUGUCAGCCACGCCUACCACAGCAUCCUCACCCGAGGGGCCUCGGUGCAGCUGGUCUUUGGGUUCGAGUAUGCCAUCCUCAUGACCAUGGUACUCACCAUUUUCAUCAAGUAUGUCCUGCACUCAAUCGACCUCCAGAGUGAGAACCCCUGGGACAACAAGGCUGUCUACAUGCUCUACACGGAGCUCUUCACGGGCUUCAUCAAGGUGCUUCUCUACAUGGCCUUCAUGACCAUCAUGAUCAAGGUGCACACCUUCCCUCUCUUCGCCAUCCGGCCCAUGUACCUGGCCAUGAGGCAGUUCAAGAAGGCCGUGACGGACGCCAUCAUGUCCCGCCGUGCCAUCCGCAACAUGAACACCCUGUACCCGGAUGCCACCCCAGAAGAGCUACAAGCCAUGGACAAUGUGUGUAUCAUCUGCCGGGAGGAGAUGGUGACAGGCGCCAAGCGCUUGCCUUGCAAUCACAUUUUCCAUACCAGCUGCCUGCGGUCAUGGUUCCAGCGCCAGCAGACCUGUCCCACAUGCCGUAUGGAUGUCCUGCGUGCCUCACUGCCUGCCCAGUCCCAGCCUCCGCCCGAGCCGCCAGAGCCAGGCCAGCAGCAGCAGCAGCACACGCCGCUGGUGCCCCAGCCCCCCAACUUCCCCCAGGGCGUCCUGCCCCCAUUUCCUCCAGGGAUGUUCCCCUUCUGGCCUCCUAUGGCUCCAUUCCCACCAGUCCCCGGCGUCCAGCCAGCCAACAACGCCGAGAACCCUGCAGCCGCCUCCAGCUCGCCCUCCACCUCUGGGGCUCAGGCAACAGCCGGUACCUCACGCCCCAGUGGAGACUCGGCAGCAGGAUCAGACACUGCUGCUCCUGCAGGAACCGUGCCAGGCUUACCCUUCCCUCCCCCCUGGAUAGGGAUGCCAUGGCCCCCUCUGUUUGGUUUCCCUCCCAUGCCGGUGCCACCUGCCGGGUUUGCAGGGCUCACGGAUGAAGAGCUCCGGGCCAUGGAGGGCCACGACCGACAGAACCUGGAAGCCCGGCUGCAGUGCCUACAGAACAUCCACACGCUCCUGGAUGCGGCCAUGCUCCAGAUCAACCAGUAUCUCACUGUCCUAGCAACCAUUGGGUCACCCCGUCCUGCCCAGCCCCCCAGCACAUCCACCUCGACCCAGGUCCCCCACACUGAUGAAUCCACCACCUUGCCUUCGCCAGACAGCACUACGCCUCCGGUGGCAUCUCCAGAGGGGGCCACAUCUGGUGAACCGGAUUCAACAGGUCAAACAGAUCUGUCUGGCCUGGGGGGUGCUGAGGGCUACACGCCACCAGGUCCUGCCCUCGAGGAAGAGGAGGAGCUGUCUUCAUCUGGGGAGCCCGACACGGCCGAGCUUCGCCGGCGCCGGCUUCAGAAACUGGAAUCACCCCCUGCCCCCUCACACUGACACCCCUCGGAGCCCAUCUUGCCCAGUGACUGGUAUUUUUGGCUCGUGACUUUGUUUUCUCUUCUCCGCCCUCCCUAAUUUGUUUAAAAAGAAAGUUUAAAAAGAAAAAAAAAACAUUAAAAAAUAAGACAGACACGCAACGUCAGGGGCCACGGGGCCAGGGACCUCGACGGGCUGAGACUAACCCACCCCAGCCAGCGGAAGGAGGAGGCCACAGCCAUGAUGCUACGGGUUUGGGGGGGUUGGAAUGGACUCUGCCUUUUUGUUUCUAACUUAAAACCCCACCCUCGAAUGCAAACCGCUCUGUAGCUGUUCUCUCGUCUGCGAUUUCACACUUCCCAUUCCAGAGCCUUCUUCCACACAGCUCCCUGCAAAUUCCCUUGGGAGUUCACGGUACACAGGGCUGCUGCGACAAGACCCUGGGGGUUUCUGCAGCAUGCCACUCAUCUUCAGAGGGGGGCAUCUCCACAGUCUGGCGAGCUGCUCACAGCUGGGGUUUCUCCUCCGAUGCAAGGUCUUUUCCUGCCUCGGCCCAGUUGUUUCUACCUCUCUGGUGCCACAUCAGUGGAGUCUCGCUGGAAGAGGCCCACGAGGAGCCGGCUUCUACAGGGAAGGAAGUGUAUGUCCUUCCGCAUCUCCAGGUUGAGGGGAAACAGUCUCACCUUCACAUGCAGAAAAGAGCAUUUGGGAGCUGGCAAAGCAAGGGUUGGGGAGUCAGAAAUAUGCAUACCUUCUGAGAACACCCUUCCAGCGGGCGUUGCUCUGGGUGCCAUUGGGUUAGGCUGGCGUGCAAUGAGAUCAGCACGAGGUUUCAUGCUCUUAUUUGCUGUGAUUCAGGAAUCUGUUGGCGCAGGGAGCGUGGGUCGGAGCAGAUGCAGGGCUGUGGGAAGCCAGGACCGAGUCGUGGCCUGGCUUAGACAUCCCUUUGAUGUCCUUUCCUUUUCCAGCAGGGGAGGGGUCCCUAGAAUUCAGCUCUGUGGUUGCAAGUGGCUUCAGUAUUGAUCACGUCUUUGCCAACACCCAAAGAGUUUGGCCACGCGGCCUUGGUGAUGUGAUAGGCCUCUUGGUGAGGAUGAUAAACCAUACAACCAUCCACCCUCCUCCAGUGUUUGGCUGUCCGUAUCAUGUUACAGAACCCUUGAGACCCGAGUGCUGGCAGGGAAACUGGUUCUAGCACAGAUAGCGAUGCCCGUACUGGUUACUCUGGUGUUGGCAAUAUACCCCCUUCCCUUCCCUCCUACCUUCUGCUUCUCCUGUUCCCAGCAUCUGAAAGCAUGGAGAGUUGGUAGGAGUCCUGAGUCCUGGGGUAGGACAGAAAGAGAGGGUGCUGGGCGUCAUCUCUAUUCCUGGAUUCUCCAGGGUCAGUUGUUUUGGAUCCUUUCUUGUAGGGACACCCUACGGACUUGGGAGACAGAACCCUUUUCCCUUCUCACCCUGAGCCUCACUGGGAUCAGACCAGACCCCACUUGGGGUUCUUCUCCCAUCAGGACUUAUAUUGCAGCCGCCUUUCUCUCUCCAGUGACCUCACAGCAGUGAUCUCACAGCUGUCUUCUCCAGUUUGGUUCCCAGGGGUCUCAUGCAGCUCCUGACAGUAGGUCUGCUCCCAGGACCUGAAACAGUCACCUCUGUGUUCAUUGGGUUUUGUUAGUAGCAAUCGCUCCAAAUGUUAGGGUGGGCUUGGGGCAAGUUCUGUCUUGCUGAUGGACAGUAUUAGCAAUGGGGGCACUUCCGGGGACAACCACUUCUCCUGGAAUAAGCCAGGAGGAACUUUUCCAGGAGCCAUUUCAGCCCAGCUCCCCCAGUCUGCUUCCCCGACAAGGCUGUGUAGACCAAGGAAGGGGCGUGUUAAGGAUGUUUGACUUCUGGUGGGUUGUCAGCAGCUUUGAUGUCUGUGUUGGAGGUGGGGUUUUGCUCAAUUUCGUCUAACCUGAUUCUCUCACCAGAUUUCCACAGACAAAUCCAUGCAACUCUCAAACUCCUCUGUACUGGCACUUUAACUGCAGCAUUGCUUCUGGGCACUGAGUUACUUUCUAGUGGUAAACCAUCCCUUUCCACUAGCCUUUGAAAACUGGAUUGAUGAAUCGUGAAGACUUGUUGGCUCUUAUUAAGACCUUGAUAUAAAGCAUGUUUCAUCGGGAGGACCAAUCUGGAGGCACUGAGGAGUCAGGUGGCUAGCCUCAGCCAGUGGUGGACUUAGAAGCAUCUAUGUCACUGACUGCCCAUGACCUUGGGCUCCUAUGCUUGCUGCAGUUAGAGGCAAGAGGCACGCCACAUGUGAACAUAAUAAUGGGUGCCAGAGACCUCCAAAAGGCUCCGUUGGGAAGCCGUGUAUGGGCUGGACAGAGCUUAAUGUGGUAUGGGGAAGCUGUAACAGGUUAGAGCCAGCACAGGAUGUAUCACUCAAUUCUUUCCUCUUCAGCUAUUUAACAAAAAAAAAGGCUCCCCCACUCCUACCCCCUUUCCAGGAACGGUAUAACUCUUCAGUGCCUCUCUUCAACCCAAGUGGUUUCUAAUAGUACACUUAUCUCAGGGAAAACGCAUUCAGAGACAGUACUUAAGGGUGGGUGAAAAUUUCAUAGCCCUUCUGGGGAAGGGCAAAAGUAGUCAAGACCUUUUCAAGCCUAGACCUUUCACGAUGAGGCAUGUGGGGGUUAGCACAGGCUUGAUUCAGAAUCGCAUCGUUUGAGGGCUUUGAGAAGAGGAAGACCAUUGCCAAGGGAUUGUGGGUUUGGGACUCGGGAGACAGCAUCCUGUGACAGCUCUGUGCUAUGCAUCACUGUAGACGGGCAGCCACUAAGCAUGCAUCGGGUGUUGUGAUAAACUAUGCAGUCUCUCCCUUCUGUGCAUCCAGCUCUUGCAAAAGGAAAGCUUUGCUUUUCAGGAAGAGCGCAAAGGAGGGGGAAGGGGGAUUAAAAAGCUUGAAGAGAAUCUCUAGCAGAGUUGGCUUCCUGUCUAGGAGCACGGGCUGGUGCUGUCCUCUUCUCCAGCUGUGGAACAUGAAAGCAUUACACGGGACUUUGGUAAAAGAAAACUUAGAGUAGCACCUGCUGGGGCAACAUCUUGGUGUUUCUCAGAAUGAUGGAACCAAAGAGCAGUGUCAAGCCCUGUCGGCUCUUCGCUGAAUGCUAUGAACCUUCUUAAGGAGACGCCAUGUUCGUGGGGGCUGGAGAAACAUGUUGUUCUUGCAGUGGUCCGCAGCUUGACACUGAAGAGCCCCCAAGCUUGUGUGCGUUCAUGGAAACAAGCAGGGUCUCAGCACUAGAACACGUGUCACCUCUGAGGAGAGAGGACUUCUCUUCCCUCGCUAAAGGGAUGCUUAAGGUUGGCCAACCCAUUCGACGUCUUCCUUGCCUGUCCUCUGAUUUCCAAAUCUGUCAUGGUAAGAAUCUUGACAAGCAAAUCCCCCCGCCCAUGGAAGUUUUUUUGGCUUGUUACCAAAAAAAUGAUUUUGAUCUGAGCAACUCUGCAAUAAUACAUCUGCGUUCCUAGACAACGCUACUCGUUCAGUGUUGGGCGCGUGGAAGGAGAGCAAGCUUGAUUUCAUGCUUCCAGGGCUUAGUUAGAAGCAUCUCAAAAGCAAAAAUACCACCUGUUGUUUUAAAGGAAUCAAUCUCUGGUUGAGUUGAAACAUGAGAAGAUUAUAUAUAUAUUUUUGGAAAAGAGCCCAUGUUUUUUAUGUUGCAAUUUUGAUAAUGCAACCACUUAGCCAGGGAUGUGCUAAUCUGUGCCACAGGUCCUGUGAGAUUUGCCUCCUUUCCUGGAGUUUUAUUAAAAGCUGGGGAAGAAAAUGUGAGACUGCAGGAGUGGAAACGUUUCUGGCCUGUCACUAUCUCUCUGGCUUCCUUUUAACUUCUCUCUUUUACUUUAUCUUUGCGUGUUGCAGAGGUGGGUGUUUUUUUGUUUUUGUUUUUUGGAGGAGGAGGAGAUGGUUCAGAUAAUUUAAUUUGUAAAUACUGUAUAAAAUUUUAAUAGCUUAAAUUGUAUAUACAGCAAAAUAAAAAUUGCAUUAAA